UGAGCUCAAUGAGUUAUUUACUGUCACAGGUAGAUGCUUCGGUCGGAGUGUAAGUGUUUGGGCCAGCAUGGUUUAAGGGGGGCCGGCCCUCGGAUGUUUAAAUAUAGGACCGGCCCACCGCCCAAAUGCCCGGUAUCACAGAUUACCAGUCCAAGCCUGAGCAGUACCAUCUUCUCACAGAGCGCCUCAACCAGAUCCAGCAGAUAAAGUUGAUGGCUCUGCAAAAAGCUCAGCAGUUCCAACAGAAACAGGAGAAAACUAGGCUUAACAAGAAGGCUCUGGACACCCAGGUGGUGAAUAAGGUUUCUAUGGGAUCUCCUGACUACCAGCCAGACAAACCAAGGUUAACUCGUUGCGAAACAGCAACCCGGAUGGCAGAGAGUCGAGAGAGAGCAAAAAAGGUGUCUCAGGAGAAUCUCAGCGUUGCUACUCAGAGAAAUAAGGAAGAGAUGCAGAUCCGUCAACUUCAGCUGGAAAAAGAAAGGGAAAUGCUCCAACGCACAAAAACAGAGAUGAUUCAGGAUAAAACAAAUCACUUUGAAAGGAAGCGUAACAUCCGAAAGUCGCUUGAGGACGAGUGGAAUCGAAGCGUGGAGCUCAAACACCAACGAGAAGAAGAGGAGAGGCUAUUCCUGAGGUCUGCAGGGCAGCUCCUGGUAGAUAAGUUUGAAGAAUGCAGACGCUGCUCCGACCAGUUGUGGAGAAACUAACAUAUGGGUGGACUCUCUCUACUUUUCAAGUUCCCAUAUUCAUUUGAUUAAAUUUAGAAUUUGAGAAAAAUACCAGCAAUGCAAUAAUGUUAUCUUUCCUUUUCUAUUCUUCUAUAUUUUGUGUCUUUCCCCCCCCCAAAAAUAAACUGCUCUGCCCUAGGUUUUUUUUUUUAAGUGUUAAAGGUUCAAGGAACUUUUUCUAAAUGACAUUUGAUGGUUGUGAGGUGUAUUAUCAAUGCUGAGUUCAGUGUUAAUAAACACAAAAAUAAAUGUG